AUGAGCCCACAACCGGCAACGAAGCAAAACUCGCAAUCUGGAAAUUCAAAAUGGGAAUCGACGUUUCCGGUUGAAAUUGAGUUGGAAAAAGAGUCGUAUGUGUUUGUUCACCGUUUUAUCAAAUGUGCAUCAGCAUUCAUCCUCUACAAACGAGGACUUCUUGGAGAGAAAUGUUUCAGAACACGCAACAUCGAGAGACUACUGAUUCCAACAUUCGAUAGGGCUGAGCCGAAAGCAGAAAGGCUCAACAAGAUAAUGGACUCACUGAAAGAAGCAAUUGAGAAGAAGUAUCUGCGACAGUUUGCACUUGUGUUCUACCGAAAACCUAACGAAGAAGAUAUUGUUGAAGUUUUUGCAUUUCGAUUGAUGUAUGGAAAAGAAGACGAAAUCGUUCUUUCCGUCGAUUCUGGCGCUGGCUUCGAAGAUUUCAAUCAGAAUCUCUUGAGUGCUACCUUCACGAGCUUGAAGGAGACUCAAAUGUAUUUUAUCGACACGUUCAAAAAACUUUGCAAAUGUUUCAGACUCUUAGGUAGUCUUCCAGAUGCAAGUGAUGCCAGUUUCCGAAUUUCGUUUACCGAAGCUGCUCCAAAUGAUUACAUGCCAGAUGGGUUUAACGAAUCUCCGAAGUUUUAUAACAUCGGGUCGGAUUUCAAAUCAACACAAAUGGGAAUCGUUUGCGGUGGUUUUCACAAAUUACAAAUAGCCGCUGCUUCAACUCUUAUGAAAAGUGAAACCGAUUUUGAUGAGACCAUCAAUUCUAUGAAUCUGUCUGUCAUUGCUAAAGAGCCUCCUUCGAGUGUCAAAUCGAGAAAAGGAGCACAAAAGAAAAUCGCUAGAAAAGAUCAACGGGCACCAUAUGGAAAGACUGAAACACUGAAUAAAAGAAAUUCAGUGGCACAAGAACCGGUUUGA